AUCGAAUAACAUAUCACAUGUCUCGAUCUUAGCAAGCAUCAUAUUUUGUAAAUGGCAUACAUUUUUUGAAGUUUCAAACAUAAGAGGAAGUGAUCUCAUAGGCUUGGACGUUUAUAGCAUGAAGUUGUACUGCAAACGUGGAGCUCUGGGUUCCAUCCUCAACAAGGAUCUAGGCUAGGAGGCAUGGACAGCUCAGUGACUCUAUGGCAGUUCCUGCUUCAGCUCCUCCUGGACCGCAGCAAUGAUCAUCUGAUCUGCUGGACCAAUGAGGAUGGAGAGUUCAAGCUGCUGCAGGCAGAGGAGGUAGCCAGGCUGUGGGGUGCUCGCAAGAAUAAGCCCAGCAUGAACUACGAUAAGCUGAGUCGGGCCCUGCGUUAUUACUAUGACAAGAACAUUAUAAAAAAGGUGAACGGACAGAAGUUUGUGUAUCGCUUUGUCUCGUACCCGGACAUCCUCAGCGGAGACUUUGUGGCCAAGGUGGAUGGAGCCAGGGAGGGGACUGGAGGGGGUGGAGGGGUGGCACCACCCCCCUAUGAGAGGGGGAGCCCAGCAAAGGACGGGGAGCAGCGGGUGGAGAAGGCCGGCCCGCCAGGCCUGUUCCAGAGCUCCAACAAGCCCUCUAACCGCAACGACUACAUCAACUCCGGCCUGUACACCACCUUCACCCUCACCUCCCUGCAGGCCGGGGCCCAGCUCUUCAAGUCCAUCAAGAUGGAGAAUCCAGGGCGCAAGAUGGCUGAGAAGAAGGCCUCCCUCGACCCCUCCCAGUCCGUCAUUAAAUUCGGGACUAACCCUCCUAAAUACUCCCAGCUAGUCCUUCUGGAGAGUGGACCCCAGACCCUUCCCCAGAACAGGACAUACCCACCCCAGCAGUUGUGUCCACCCAGGGCCCCGCCCCCAUACAGGGCACACACACCACAGCAGCCACCCAAGACCAUACCUCAGGCUGGGGAGCUGGAGCACAGGAGCUCUCCUGCUCUUCAGGUUCCACGCACACAGGAAAGGGAAGAGGAAUCUCACACAGCAAAGACUGUACCCAUCCUCUGCCUCUCUGGCCCUGGCCACUCCCUCCCAGACCAAUCGCCUUGCCACAGCAUAGUUCCCGACUCCUCCCAGGAGCUGAUAAUUGACAGUGACAUGGAGUCCAUCUCCUCCCAGCCUUCUGAGCUGCAGCCAGUGCAGGUGACCCAAUCUUCUUCUCUCCAGGACAUGGGGGGUUUCGAGGAGGAGGCCAAAAGCUCUCCAGACCAGAGCAGCCAGGAGGGCAGCCUCAGCGGGAAGUCCAGGAGGCCCAAGGGUCUGGAGCUCAGCACCCCUCUGCUGCUGACCAGCUCUGACUUCGGCACCAUGAACCUGGCCAGCCCCUCCCUGGCCUCCCUUCCGUUCCUGCAGACCCCCACACUUCUGCUCACGCCAAGCCCUCUCCUGUCCAACAUUCACUUCUGGAGCACCCUCAGUCCAGUGGCCCCUCUUAGCCCUGCCUGGCGACAGGCCACACCCACCUUGUUCCAGUUUCCCUCAGUGCUCAACACGCAGUUCCAGCUGCCCAUGUCUGGUGUGGACGGCUCCAACACCCCUGCACCCCUCUCACCCGACUCACAGAAGACGUAGGGGAGCAGACCCCCCCCCCCCACACACACACACACACAAACACACACUACACAGUUCCUGGCCUAAAAAUCAAGCCACCCCCCCCCUUCUUGGGCUUGCCCCCACACAAGAGGGGGGCUGAGGGGGCAUCAUUGUCCUGGCCAAUCAGAUGCCAAAGGGAUGCACACUGGUGGCUGAUUAAAUCUUUUUAUUUUUUAUUUUGCUUUUAACUUCUUUUUUUUACUUACCUGCCCUAUGAAAAACCAGAACAAACUAGUUCAAAGUUGCCAAGGAAAGUGCUUUUGGAAGGACCUGAUAUUUCUUGGAGACUAUGGAGUCUUUUCGAUACAAGAAUCGGAAUGGCUGUCGGAACUCUUCAGUUGAUGUGGGGGGAAAAGUGGCAUGAUGUUAUUCACAUUUCUAUGGCAACAUCAGGUCCCCUCAAUGUAAGGAUUAUGGGAAAGUGAGUUUUCUGCAACAGUUCCAAACUGUUUAAACUGAACAUAUUCCUGUUUACACCACAUAUUUUGUAUAUAUGUUUUACUUGUACUAGCAACUAGUCCAUGAAACAGACAACAAAGGCUUUAAAAGUGGAUCUGUCGGUGUCUAAGAUUUAAGAAAAUAUUGUACAUUUAGAAAUGCUUUUUUACUCUCACAAGUGUAAGUAGUACAGAGAUAAAAUCCCUCACCUAACAAGGAUCACAUGCUGUGCUCUCCAAAUGACAUUUCAGAGUUUGCGGCAUGUGUUAUUUUUAUCCCAUUAGUUAAUCUCUGUUUUAUGUUGUGUGGGUGGUUGGCACUGUAUUACUUCAGUAAGUGAUCCAACAAUACACUAACUAACUUCUAAAAAGAACUCAAGUUUUUGUACAUUUUGUACUUUUCGCGUAGCGUUGGGUCUCUCAGUAUAAAAUAUUAUUUGCUGUUUGAUGUCAUAAUUGGUGGACAGCAUGGUUGCCAAGACCCAAGUGAUGCAACUCAUGCCUUUUUUAUAACUAUAUAUUUUUUCAGCUGUGAAAAAUUAGUUUUGUAACCAUACCCUGGUCUCCAUUUAAGCCCAUAUGGUAUAUGACAUGCGUUUGUAUUUUGUGCCUUAAACCUUUUUAUCCAUUGGUCAGGCAAUGUAGCAGAAAAAUGUGCCUUUCUUCUCGGAGGUCUUCGGUAUAAUUUACUCUGACCUGCAUGGUGCUUAUUGUAAACUUAGUCCUUACGUAUGAUGAAUAUUUUACAUCUGGACAUUGGGAUGACAAAGUCAAUGGACAUGGUAUUGUUAUAUAGAUAGGUAUUGUUAUAUCCUAUUUUUUGGUGAAGGUAAUCCUUUUGAAGUAUCGCCUAAAUAUUAUUAUCAUUUCACAACUGUGCAGUAAAAAUGAUUCAUCCCUUCAUUUUUACACAUUGUCAUGAGGUUAUGUUUCCUGUGUUCAGAGGUGGUGUUUCACUUUAUUCAAUUGUGGAUGAGCGGUUUAAAUAUAGCCGUUGAAAGGAAGGUGCUGUACAUGUGUGACUUAGAUACCAUCCUGCCUUAGCUUACUACAGCUAGAGGCCAGUGUACUAUCUAUGUACUGCCUAUUGCAACACAGCACUUGUGACCAAAAAAAUGCUACUUUCAGGGCAGUCUGUAUUUGGACAGUGAUGUAAUUGGUGGAACCAUGUAUAGAAAUGACUGCAUGGUUCACCCAAUAUGGAUGUAAGUGACUCAAAUUAGAAACUCAAAAUCUGCAAUUUAAACUCAUUGUUUAAUUUCAAAUCCGAUGUGCUGGAGAACAGACCCAAUUUGACAAAAAAUGUGUUGCUGCCUGAAUACUAAGACUGCAACUUCUACUUCUGAUCAGUAUAUAUAGUCAGUGUUCAUGUAUUUGUCUUGAUUUGUUAUUGUUUCAGUCUUCCUUCUCCAUUUGUCUUUGAUUUAAGCAUAAUUCAUAACAAAUUUGUGCAAAACUAUCUGGCCCUUCUCCAUGCCUAUGACAGUGGGAAUUUGAUUGGUUGUGGCUUGAAAAAGCAAUGAAAAAUGACUCCCACUGUGGAGACGCUUUGUGGCAUGGCAUGAAUGCUGCCAUUUUCUGGAAAGAAUUUCUCACUUUGUGUGUUAUUUUUUACCAGGUAGUAUACAUUGUGUAUGCAGGAAGUAUACAUUGUGUAUGUAGGCAGUGUAUGCUGUGGUAUGUUGAACAUACAUUUUCUUGUACAUUAUAAUUGCUGUACUGUAUUUUAUAUCCUUUUCAUGAAUGGAACAAAGUUCUGAGCUUUUGCCAAAUUGUUUAAUUAAUUGUGAUGUCUGUGCACAAGGAUUCUUACGCUGUGGAAUUUACAAUUAAAACUGGACAUGUUUUUUAGGAAUGUUUCCAAGGCUUUCUAUUUCCAGGUGCUUUUUUAUUAAAUGGGUUUUGAGCAGUUCCAUGAAUACCAUGAAUACUAUAUUUCUAAGAUGAAUAUAACUGACAUAACUAUCUGAGGUGAUUACAUCAGGUGGAGCUUAUCUGAGAUAAUUACAAUCUGUAUUUUUAAAUUCUGGUACUUGUAAUAUGCAAUUGGGUUUGAAUUCAAGUUUCAUAUCAUUCAUGGAGAGGUUCAUAAUUUUGUAAUGGUUAAAUAUUAAACAAAGAUGAUCAGAAACACAUUUACUUUUUGCUUGAGGCAGAAAAUAUAGUUUGACUAUAUACUAACUAUCUGUAAUGUGUAUAUACACAGUCAUACAUGUAUAGCCUCAACAAAGGCAUUUCCCUGUCUUUCAUUAAAGCAACGCUUUCCAAUGUUUACAAAUCUUGGUUUUGGGCUGUGUGCAGGGGUAGUGUUUACAUUUUUCGAAAAAAAUAAAAAUAUUUUAUUUUA